AUGCCUCAAGCCACUGCUACUAGCGAUUACUAUGCAAUCCUCGAAAUUGACCAAAAUGCGACUCCAGACGAAAUCACCAAAUCGUACAAACGGCUGGCCUUACUGCGCCAUCCUGAUCGGAACACAACGCACAACUCUACGAAAGCUUUCCAACUUUUGGGUGAGGCGUAUGAGACAUUGAAAGACGAAAGCAAACGGCGAGAUUACGAUUCCACUUACGCACAAAUCAAAACGACUAGAUCUUCACAACCCAACACCACAGAAAGACGUCGCACGUCAAGUACCACCAACUCAAAUCCAAAUGACACAAAAACCGACAUUGCGAGGAUUGCAGCAAUAGUGAGGGCAAAGCAAGAACGUUUCGCGGGCUGGUCACAAACGCAGACAAUAUUCAAUGAAAAGAUAUUCGAGCUGAAGAGAGAUAUAAUAGAUCUGCAAAGCGCCAUUCAAGGCUUCGAGGACACUGAGACUGCAGAGCGCGCCAAAGAUGAAGGUACCAAAAGAUGGCCAGCACGGAUCUUUUCUCAUCGAUCCCGGAAAUCCGUCCAAGCACAAGAAAAGAAGGAACAAAAGGAACGAGAUCGAUUACAGAGAUUGCAUAGCAAGACUCUCAGAGAAAUAGAGCUGAAGAAGAAGUGGUCAGAAAUACGAGAUCACGAAACCCUGUUUGAAACCAAGCGCCAGGAGUUCUAUGAUGCGAACAAGGCGGAUGAUAUCAUCAAGUCUGCGAUCGAACAGGUGAUGCGCAUCAAACAACAGAUACACCAGCAAGCGGAACGAUACGAGAAGGAAAAAGCGGCACGAGAAGAAGCACAAAGGGAUAGGGAUGAGCAAUUUGAGCAGGGGCAGAGGGAGGCAGCAAGAGAGAAGGCCGAGCGAGAAGAAAUGAAGAUGCGGAGGGAGGAACUGGCAGAAGCAAUCGAGAAGCUACGAGUGGAAGAAGCCCUAAAGCUUGCCGAAGAAAAUCGCAAGAGAAAUGAGUUGCAACAGAAACAGGAAGCGAAACGACGAAAGAAGGAGCAAGCGGCAGAACAACAGAGACGAGAGAAUGCGGAAAAAGCCGCUGAACAAGCUUUGGAGGACUAUAGAGUAGGGCAGACAGCGGUCUAA